CUGUAAGUUUCACUUUCACUCUCGUUGUGUCGCAGUUUCUCUCCCUUCAGACGAAAAAAGAUGAGCGCUUUGCUAUCCUGCUAUGAAUCAGUGUGAGGAGACGGAGGAGGGAGUCCCUCCCUCUAAAAGCACUCUGUGGGGGGAACAUGGCAGCCAGACUGAAGCUCAAAGCCCAGAGAAGCAGCAGAGACCAGACUCUCCUGGACCCAGCUGUGUGUCCAUGAAGAGUGACCAGUCCAUAAUCGAACCUUAUAACUUCAAAGGGGGACGGCACUCUGAUGAAGACAGGGUUCAUCAGCAGAGACCAGACUCUCCUGGACCCAGCUGUGUGUCCAUGAAGAGUGACCAGUCCAUAAUUGAACCUUAUAACUUCAGAGAUGGACAGCACUCUGCUGAAGAAAGGGUUCAUCAGCAGAGACCAGACUCUCCUGGACCCAGCUGUGUGUCCAUGAAGAGUGACCAGUCCAUAAUCGAACCUUAUAACUUCAAAGGGGGACGGCACUCUGAUGAAGACAGGGUUCAUCAGCAGAGACCAGACUCUCCUGGACCCAGCUGUGUGUCCAUGAAGAGUGACCAGUCCAUAAUUGAACCUUAUAACUUCAGAGAUGGACAGCACUCUGCUGAAGAAAGAGUCCAGAGGGUUCCUGGUGGUCAGUCUGUCCAGCAGCAUCCUACAGACCUGGACUCCAUAUUUAUGCAUCUGGAGGAAAACAUUUUAACUUUUAUGAAGAGCGAGUUGAAGAAGGCCCAGAAGGUUCUGAGUACAAAUUACCCAGAAUGCUUGGAGAGACACAGUGAGGAUAAAGAGGCGGUGGACGGUGAGGAGAAAGAGCAGAGGAGAAUCAGCAGAGAGGCAUUUCUGAAGAUCACACUGCACUUCCUGAGGAGAAUGAAGCAGGAUGAGCUGGCUGAUCGUCUGCAGAGCAGAACUGUUGCUCUAGUUUGUCGACGUAAACUCAAGUCUCACCUACAGAAGAAGUGUCAGUCUGUGUUUGAGGGGAUUGCUAAAGCAGGAAACCCAACCCUUCUGAAUCAGAUCUACACAGAGCUCUACAUCACAGAGGGAGGGACUGCAGAGGUCAAUGAAGAACAUGAGGUCAGACAGAUUGAAACAGCAUCCAGGAGACCAGACAGACCAGAAACAACCAUCAGGCAAGAAGACAUCUUUAAA